AUGUGUGCCAGUACAUCCACUGUAGAACCUGAUGAUAAAGAAACAAAUAAUUGUCCAUCAUCCGAUGACGUCUGUAGUAUAACUAAUCAAUUUAAACUUGAUGCUAGUUCUAACAUUUUACAAAAACUCCAGUUUAUUGAAAAAAUCAACCCUAAUCAACCUCCACGAUUAACCAAUGUACCGUGGGUUUUGCAUAGAGUUUAUAAUAGAAUUGAUAGUAAUGGAAAAAGUGUCCCGAGAAAGUGGAUUACAGUUGAGUGUAUUAACUAUGAUGUAAAAGCCAUUUAUUGCACAAUAUGUAUAGCAUUUAGUAUAUCAAACAGUACAAGUAAUUUUUGCAAUGGUUGCACUAAUUUUAAAAAUAUAUAUGCUGCUAUUGAGUCCCAUGAAAUUAGUAAAGGACAUUCAUUAGCUGUAGAAGCAUACUUUUCAGCAAGUAAUGAAAAUAGUAUAGACUUUGUUGUGAGCAGAGAUAUGAUGAACCAUAGAAAAGAGCAAGUGAUGGAACGCAUUCAUAUUUUGGAACAAGUAUUUGAUAUAAUAAAAUUUAUUGGGAAACAAAAUCUAUCAUAUCGAGGAUCAUCGGAAACAUUAUGUGAUAUAGAAAAUUCAAAUUUUAACCAUGGAAACUUUUUGGAACUUUUAAAGUUUACCGCAAAACGUGAUAUGGUGUUAAAUAAAUAUUUGACUGCUGCUAUUCAACGCAGUAAACAGCGAAAACAACAUGUGGAAUUAAAUUCAAAAGGUAGAGGUGCGUUAAUAACUUUAUUAUCUAAAACUACAGUUAACAAAGUAAUAGAUGCCAUACUAUUAACCAUGAGAAAAACAAUAAAGAAUGAAUUGGGUGAUCGUCAGUUUAGUAUACAGGUAGAUAGUACUCAAGACAUAGGUACCAUUGAUCAGGCAGCUAUUUGUUUACGCUAUGUUUCUAACUCUCAAAUAAAAGAACGGCUAUUUAGUGUAGUACAAGUAAAAACAUCAUCAGGAAAAGGACUGUAUGAAUUACUCAAAGAAUGUUUCUCUCAAAACGACAUUAAUUUUAAAAAUAUUAUUGGAUCAUCUUUUGAUGGAGCUGCUAACAUGCAGGGCGAGUUCAAUGGAUUGCGUGCUUUUAUAAAACAAGAAAAUCAAAAUAGUGUGUACAUUUGGUGUUAUGCACAUAUUUUAAACUUAUGUGUUUGUGACACAUGCGAAAAUUUGGCAGCUAAAAAUUUAUUUGGUUUAUUAAAUAGAUUGGCAACUUUUUUUUCUGAUUCAUACAAAAAGAUGGGUGUGUGGAAAGAAAUUCAAGAAAAACUUACAACCGGUCAAAACAAACUGAAAAAAUUACAGAAAAUAGGUGAAACUCGUUGGUGGUCCCGCGAAAAGGCAUUACUAUGGAUGUUUGACGGAAAUGACUGUUUAUAUCCUAUAGUGAUAAAUGCAUUGGAUUUUGUGGCAACAUCAAAAACUUUUGACCCAAAAUCUAUUUCCGAAGCCAAUUCAUUAAAAGAAAAGUUGUGUCAAUUUAAUAUUAUAGUAACAGCUCAUUUAUUUCUUCCAAUUUUCAAAAGUAUUGGCCCUACUUCAACAUACCUACAAUCAAAGAAUUUGGAUAUAUUGAAUGCUUUUUUAAUGGUGGAUAAGUGUAUUUCUGACAUAAAGAUAUUUAUUGAGAAUGAUUUUCCUAAAACCAGAAGAAGAAUAAAAAAACUUAUGUUUGAUGAAGUUUAUGACGAUGAAGCACCAACAGAUCCAAAACAUAAAUUUCGAGUAGAAGUUUUUCAAUGUAUCAUCGACCAAUUGCGAACGAGCCUAACUGAAAGAUUUACUAACAAUAAAAGUUUGGUUGCAGAUAUGCAAUAUUUAUUGCCAAAACAUUAUAAUGAUAUAAGAAAUAAAUUAAUUCCUAAAUCAGCAUUACAAAAGUUAUCACUAUUAUCAUCUGUUGAUCACUCAAAAUUAAUUGACGAACUUGAACACUUUGCUGGAAUUUAUGAUAAAAUUUCUAAACCAUUAUAUAAAAAAACUGUUGAUAUCUAA